UUUGAAAUGUGGAUACUAAGACAUAUGAUAAAAGAAUUCCAUAUACAGGCCACAAGACAAAUGAAGAAGUACUUGAAAUUGCGAAGGAAAAAAGAACUUUUAAGAAUUGACAUCUGGAAAAGACUAUGUUUCGUACUUUGGCCAUUUGAUUAGAGCCGAAACCUACAGAGAUCUCUUCUAGAGGGCAAAGUGGAGGGCAACAGAAAGAGGGAUUGACCUCGGCAUAGUUGGAUGCCAGAAGUCACAGUUGUUCCAGAAGAAGGAAGCACAAAGUAAAUCGAAGAAAAGGAGAAAAAUGGCUAGUUCCCCAGAGAAGCCACCAGAGGGCAAUAACUUUGAGAUCCGUUACUUGAAAGGUGAUUUGUUCGCAUGCCCAGAGAAGGAUGCACUGGCACAUUGCAUCAGUGAAGAUUGUAACAUGGAAGCGGGAAUAGCAGUCUUGUUCAAGAAGAAAUAUGGAUGUGUUGAGGAGCUGCAGAAUCAGAAAAAGAAGACUGGGGAGGUGGCUGUGCUGCAGAAAGAUCAGAGAUACAUUUACUAUUUGAUCACUAAAAAGGUAGCAUCAGAUAAGCCAACUUAUGACGAUCUGCAGAGCAGCCUCAAGGCCAUGAAGAAUCACUGCCUGAGUAAUGGAGUCUUGCACAUCUCAAUGCCUAAGAUCGGAUGUGGUCUGGACAACCUGGAGUGGGACAAAGUUUCAGCGAUAAUUCAAGAGAUUUUUAAGGACACAAGUACCAUAGUCACUGUGUAUUCUUUGUAAAGAUGCAUACUAUGACUAUGUAUACUGUUUAAAAAAAACACAAGUAUUCUACACAAGUAAUUUGAGCGAUUAGGGACUGAUGGAUGUGAAAUAAUGACUUGGGUACUUUUUGUUGGUUACCUGUUUGAUUCCCAUCAGUUGAUGGUUGAUGUUUGCUUUUUCUGUUGAUAGACCUAGGUAGUAAUUUCUAAAAGCAAAAGGUAAUAAUUUUUGUUUAUUGUGUAUGUAUUACAAUAAGUUCAUAAGAUCUGGGUGAAAUUCAUCUCUCAGUAGAAAGGCAGGGAGGAUCCUGUUGUUCUCAAAUUGUCUAGCGAAAUCACCACGCUUGUGAAUCUCAGAUUUUAAAUGUUGUGCAUUCCACACUUUCUUUAGUAGACUGCCAAUUUCAGACUAAAACAAGCAUUUUCUAUUUCUGUUGAAAGAACGAGAGAAUUUUUUUCAGUCUGCGAUUUGCCAAAGUAUCAAGAUUGCAACUUGAGUGAGCCUGUUCACAAGUCCUUAUUGAAUAAAUUCUUUCUGGUACUCUCUUAAGUUCAAAUCUGUUGUUGGGAUACUGCUGCUGCCAUGGAAUUAUUGUACUGAUGAUCAAUAAUUUGAUGUUAUUUACAUAAAAUUUUACCGAACUAAAAUAGA